AAGAAGAUGUUCGCGGUAUUUCGGAAAUCUGGCAUCUUCGUCACCGUCUGCCGCCACGGGCUUCUUCUUACCAUCUGUGACAUGGUCAGAAGCGGGGAGCUAAUGAAGUACCCCCUUGCAACGUGCAAAAGGCUGAUGGACGUCUUCGGCUCUGAUGUCUGCAUCGGCUAUGACAUCAAGUGCCGUUUCUGGACUAUCCUCCUUCGCAGCUCCCUCCGCUCUCAAGCUCUCGAGUCUAAGUUUUCCGGUGUCGUUCCAGCCUUUCACGGUCACGCACAUAAUAGGUAUUGUCAGCUCACGCACUUCUCUAAGUAUACUCCAGGUACCGGUAAGAACGACUUCGAAACGUGUGAGCGCACAUUUUCAGGGUCUAACGCGGUCGCGGGAGAAACCCGCUUUGCGUCCGAAUUUCACCGCCAUCAAUCGAUCGACCAGUACUUCAUUUCUGCCGAC